UGUGUCGGUAAUCAAAGUUAAGGUGGUUUGAGAUAAGCACGUCCAAAGAUAGACCACGUGAACUUUUGAAAGGUUUAGAUAAUCUUAAAAUACAAUUUGAACCAUUCUUCAUUUCAUUUACAAGUGAUACACUAACACGAUGGCGGAUUUUGCAACAGGCACGUGGAAUUUGGUGCAAACAGAAAACUUUGAUGAAUACAUGAAAGCAGUCGGUGUUGGUCUGGUUAUGCGGAAAAUGGCUGCAACGAUCAAACCUACACAGGAGAUCUCGGUAGAAGGUGGUAGAUGGAAAAUUAAAACAAUUUCAACUUUAAAGACAACGGAAAUUGAUUUCGUGAUUGGAGAGGAAUUCGAAGAAACUACUGCAGAUGGACGAAAAGUUAAAACAGUUAUGUCUCUAGAUGGGCAGAAACUGACGGCAGUACAGAAGGGCGAUGUUGACUCCACCAUAAGCCGUGAAUGGGCAGGCGAUACAAUGACUAUGAAACUCACAGCAAAAGACGCCGUUUGCACACGGACGUAUAAAAAGUCUAAGUAGUACUUUGCGGACAGCUUUCCUGUUUCCAUGUGUGAAUUUAUUAAAUGGAAAAAAAAGAAAGAAUAUGCAAAUGGUAGAUUUGAUUUAGCAGAACUGGUAUACAAGCAUCUCUGGUUUUAGACACGGAUUGCGAGAUCUACCAACGUUUGACUUACAGAAAACAGAACAGUAGUUUUAGAUGGAAGUGGGUUGCAAAGACGUUUACACUUAGUUAUUUGUCAUGUUUCAGUUGAUCUCGAUAUAAAAAUUAAACAGAAGUCAAAAUAUU